ACCACCCACCGUCUUAACUCAUAGCUCAGGUAGUUUAGCUAACAACCCCGCGGGCGACGACGAGUUCAAAAAGACGGAGAAAGGGUAAAUUGUUUUGAAUUGCGGAGCUCCCACAUUUUUCAAUCUCAUUCUCCCUCCUCACUUUCUUCUUCUCUCUCCACGAUUUCUCAAUUGCACAAAACCAACCCCUUGAGAGCCAAAGCCUCCACCUACAUCACACAACCCAACUCUUUCACACUCUCCCAAGGAGAAACCACCACAAUGUCAACACUCACAACCCACGGUCUGAAAUCCGAGCAAAUCCACAAUGCCAUCAAACUCCUCACCCACAACCUCAUCAACAUCCACGACACCACCGGCGAGUUCCUCCUCAAGCUCGACGACGGCCGCAUAAUCGACACGAAAGGCUGGGACGGCUGGGAAUGGACCCACGGCAUCGGUCUCUACGGGCUGUACCACUACUACACGCUGACCGGCGACGCCUCCACCAAGACCAUCAUGCUCGAGUGGUUCGCCAAACAGCUCGGCAAAGGCACCACCAAAAACAUCAACACCAUGUCGCCCUUCCUCACCCUCGCGUAUCUGUAUGAGGAUACGGGCGACAAGACGUACGUCCCCUGGCUCGACACGUGGGCCGAGUGGGUGAUGCACGGGCUCCCCCGCACCCGGUACGGCGGCUUCCAGCACGAGACGUACAAUUCGUUCAACAAGAACGAGCUCUGGGACGACACGCUGAUGAUGUCGGCGCUGCCGCUCGCGAAGAUCGGGCUCACGCUGAACAGGCCUGAGUAUGUGGAGGAGGCGAAGAGGCAGUUCUUGCUGCAUUGUCAGUACUUGUUUGAUCCGACGACGGGGUUGUUCUUCCAUGGGUGGAAGUUUGCGGGUGAAGAGGAGGAGGGACUGGGACAUAAUUUCGCGAAGGCGAGGUGGGCGAGGGGGAACUCGUGGCUCACGAUUGUGAUUCCCGAUUUCGUGGAGUUGUUGGAGUUGAAGGAGGGGGAUCCGCUGAGGCAGUUCUUGCUGGGGCUGUUGGAUGCGCAGUGUAGGGCGUUGAAGAAGCAUCAGCAGGAGAAUGGACUGUGGAGGACGCUGAUUGAUGUGCCGUUGGAGGAGGGGAGUUAUGAGGAGGCGUCCGCGACGGCGGGCUUCGCGUAUGGUAUGUUGAAGGCGGUUAGGAAGAGGUAUGUGGGUGAGGAGUUCUUGGAGCCUGCUGUUAGGGCUAUCAAGGCGGUGUUGGGUAAGAUCAACGAGGAGGGAGAGUUGCAGGAUGUCAGUUUCGGAACGGCCAUGGGUCACGAUUUGAAGCAUUAUAAGGACAUCCCUAUCACGAGCAUGCCGUAUGGUCAGGCUAUGGCCAUCAUGGCUUUGGGAGAGUUCGUGCGGUUGUAUAUUUAG